GAUCUUGGGCGGCUGCCCCCUGCCCCCUGCCCGUAAUUUCAUCUCCGUCAAGGUUAGUCGUCUCCUACAUUUCUCUGAGAAAAACCUAAACCCCCAAUCUCUCUCCGACAACUGCCUUUCAUUGCGGACUUUUUCUUUCUCUCUCUCUCUCAUUUCAUCAAUUUUAAUCACUAAUUAAAUUUGCUCUGUUUCGCUUCUUCUCGAUUUGAGCUUUGAUUUUCCAUUAAAAUGUUAUAGAUUCAUGUAGUGUUACUGAGAUUUGGUUGUUUGAUGGCGUCGAUUCGGAGGACUCUGUCGCCGGCCUAUCACGAUCGGGUUUAUCCGAACGGAAUACCGUUUUCAACUUCUUCUCCAUCUUCAAAGCUUCUUUCUAAUGCUAAAUACUCGUCGCCUUUCUCGUCUUUUGCCGUUGGAGCGCGGAGAUUUAUCUCGGGAGCUUUCUUUAUUAGACCUCCACGGAAAGGUAGCAAUAGUUGGCGAAGGGCAUUCUUUAGAUGCUGUGUGUUUUUCUUGCUUGGUUUCUUGCUUGGUAUGAUGCCGUUUGGUCAUGAUGCUGAUGACAUUCGUAGUCAUGAUUUUUCCUUCGAGAUCAAGCCGCCGCAUGUGAAUGUGCAGUUUGAGAAAGAUAGUCAUGGUCAGGUUUGGCGAGAGGAUUCUGUGGUUGAUUCGGUUAAUUUGUCGGUCAAGUCGUCUCCGGAAGUGAAUUUGAGUUUUGUUUCAGUACCGAAGACGCAGUUGAUUGUGGUGACACCGACGUAUAAUCGUGCACUUCAAGCGUAUUUCUUGAAUCGGUUGGGUCAGGCUCUGAAGCUUGUGAAUCCUCCAUUGUUGUGGAUUGUGGUUGAGAUGAAUUCAGCUUCGAUGGAGACUGCUGAGAUUUUGCGGAAAACGGGAGUUAUGUAUAGACAUUUGGUUUGUACUAAAAACAUGACUGAUGUCAAGGAUAGAGGAGUUCAUCAACGGAACGUGGCUUUGCAACACAUUGAACGUCAUAAGCUCGAUGGGAUCGUUUACUUUGCCGAUGAUGACAAUAUAUAUUCGUUGGAGUUGUUCGAUAGCCUCAGAGAUAUUAGCCGCUUUGGCACUUGGCCUGUUGCUAUGCUUGCACAAAACAAAAACAAAGCGGUUCUGGAAGGUCCUGUAUGCAAUGGAAGUCAAGUUAUUGGCUGGCACACCAAUGAGAAAAGUAAGAGGCUUAGAAGAUUUCAUGUUGACAUGUCUGGAUUUGCUUUCAAUAGUACCAUUCUGUGGGACCCAAAGAGAUGGAGGCGCCCUACUUCAAAACCUAUUAGACAGUUAGACACUGUGAAAGAGGGUUUUCAGGAGACUACAUUCAUAGAGCAAGUAGUUGAAGAUGAAAGUCAAAUGGAAGGUGUGCCUAUUGGCUGUUUAAAAGUAAUGAAUUGGCAUCUUCAUUUGGAAGUUCCCAAUUUUGCUUAUCCCAGUGAUUGGGUGUUUCAAAAGAAUCUUGAUUACGUCCUGCCAAUCAAGUGAUUAAACUUUUCCAUUGCAGUUUGAAGCUUAGAAUUUUAGACAGUUCGAUCCAAAUCUGAAUUUUGGUGGCUUUUAACUCCCCCGAUUGGAUCAUUACUUGAAUUGGCGCCGUUGAUGAUGAAGAGUUUCAUGCCUUAGCUUUGGCUUUCAACACAAAGGUUUAUCAUUUUUACUCCUAAGAUUUUUCUUGCAUAUUCUUUAACAGAGAUGAGUUUGGUUUAGCUGUAGAGUUUUUAGUACUUACUUUAGAGAGUUCUUUUUCCCCUUUAAUUUGUCGAUGUUCAAUUGUUAUACCAAAACCUUUCAAAAAUAGUAUGAGGGCAGGGAACUAUUGUAUAUCUAAACUCUUUAUUUGUUGUAAAACGGUUGGUGACCAAAUCAAUGUGGCCUAAUCAAGUAAAAGGCCAAUUUAUUCUAAGAGUUUAAACAUUUUGCUA